UGCCGACCAUCUUUGACAGGGAGGAAAACUGUAUGUAAACAAUACAGUUCUCCUCCCUGUCCGCUCGUGCACACUGCUUUGCAAGGCAGUGUGAUUACAGUGAAGCACAGGGACCCAAACACAAAAACAGCACAAGGUUAACCCUUUGAUCGCCCCUCAUGUUAAUCCCUUCCUGCCCAGUGCCCUUAGUACAGUAUCAAUGCUUUUUUUUUGCACUGAUCGCUGUAUUGGUGUUACUUGGGAUGUCAGUGACACCACGUCAGUUCCCCCCAGUGUCAGAAUGCCCGCUGCAGUCCCGCUAUAAGUCGCUCAUUUCUAGUAAAAAUAAAUAAAAAAAAACAAUUCCAGUAUCUAUACCGCCACUUGUAAACACUAACUUUCAUGUAAACCAAUUAAUUU